CAUGUGUACACCUGUUAAGAAGAUUGGAAGUGGCGUCCAUAUUUCUACACCUAGUCACAGGGAAGCUACUGCUACUGCUGCUGCUGGCCUGGUCUCUCUACCGAGAAAAGAUGGCGGCCUCCUUGCUGACAAGGGCAGCAUUAGGAGCACUCCGAGUGGCUGUCAGGCUACAGCGCCCAUGCAGUAGGCCAGCUGCCAAUGUGACCUCUCAGUAUCCGGGCAUUAUAGAAUCCCAAGAAGAAUUUCACUUUGUGGAGCGUCUCAUACCACCUACUAAAGUCCCCAAACCACCAAAACAUACAGAAAUCACUCCAUCUGGGUGGAUCCCCCCUAAAGACAACACCCCCACAGAUCUCCCUUACAUUGUAAGACGAUCUCGGAUGCACAAUGUUCCGGUGUACACAGAUAUCACUCAUGGUAAUAGGCACAUGACCAUUAUUCGCAAGAUUGAAGGUGAUAUAUGGGCACUGGAAACUGAAGUUCGAGAUUUCCUGACCCAGCUAACAGGAAAGACACCAGCUAUUCAAGUAAAUGAGAUCAAUCGCACCAUCCGGGUUAAAGGUUAUUAUGAUAAGGAACUAAAAACAUGGCUAGGCGAAAAAGGAUUCUGACAUGACUAGUAAAGGAAGACCAGUCCAGUUUGCAAUGGAUAAUAUAAAGGCUGCAGUCGUUACCAGUAACAUAUUACAUUGACAGACUCUGUAUGCUAAGCAAACAUUAAGGGCGCAGGAUUUGUUUCUUUUUACUGUGAAUGCAAAUCUUAAUACAUUUCUAUUAAAUAUGUUCUAGAACAUUGUU